CAGCGCGCUGGCGGCGGCGGCGGCGGCGGGUGUUGGGGGGCGGGGAAUAUCGGCUAAGGCGGCCGUGGCGGCUUAGGCAGUAGCGACAGGCUGUGGCGGCGGCUCCUGGUGCGACUCGGCGCGCGGCCAGCUCUCGAGUUUGGAACGGAACGCUCGGUGUCACGGUCCCCGCCCGGAAACUUCGCCGCGGAGCCGCGACCUCCUGGCCCGCGCGGCCCGGCAUGAAGCGGCGCUGAGGAGCUGCCGCCGCCGCCGCCGCCGCCGCCUCCGUCGCCGCCGCCGCCACAGGAGGAGCCGCAGCACCCUGGGCCACGCCGAUGACUACUGCAAACUGUGGCGCCCACGACGAGCUCGACUUCAAACUCGUCUUUGGCGAGGACGGGGCGCCGGCGCCGCCGCCCUCGGGCUCGCGGCCUGCAGAGCGAGAGCAAGAGCAGGAACAAGCAGGGGGAGUGGGAGAGGAAGAAGCAGGCUUCCCGCCAAGCAGGGAAUGUGGGACUCGAUCCCAGGACCCUGGGAUCACGACCCGAGCCGAAGGCAGACGCUUAACAACUGAGCCACCCAGGUGCCCAUAUCUUGAGCCAGAUGAUUGUGCAUCCAUUUACAUCUUUAAUGUAGAUCCACCUCCAUCUGCUUUAAACUCACCACUUUGCUUACCACAUCAUGGAUUACCGUCUCACUCUUCUGUUUUGUCACCAUCGUUUCAGCUCCAAGGUCACAAAAACUAUGAAGGAACUUGUGAGAUUCCUGAAUCUAAAUACAGCCCAUUAGGUGGUCCCAAAACUUUUGAGUGCCCAAGUAUUCAAAUUACAUCCAUCUCUCCUAACUGUCAUCAAGAAAUAGAUGCUCAUGAAGAUGACCUACACAUAAAUGACCCAGAAAGGGAGUAUUUGGAAAGGCCUUCUAGAGAUCAUCUCUAUCUUCCUCUUGAGCCAUCCUACCGGGAGUCUUCCCUUAGUCCUAGUCCUGCCAGCAGUAUAUCUUCUAGGAGCUGGUUCUCAGAUGCAUCUUCUUGUGAAUCUCUUUCACACAUUUAUGAUGAUGUGGAUUCGGAGUUGAACGAAGCUGCCGCCCGAUUUACUCUCGGAUCCCCUCUGACUUCUCCUGGUGGCUCGCCAGGAGGCUGCCCUGGGGAAGAGUCCUGGCAUCAACAAUAUGGACUUGGACACUCCUUGUCACCCAGGCAAUCUCCUUGCCACUCUCCUAGAUCUAGUGUCACUGAUGAGAAUUGGCUGAGCCCCAGGCCAGCCUCAGGGCCCUCAUCAAGGCCUACCUCCCCCUGUGGGAAACGCCGGCACUCCAGUGCUGAGGUUUGUUAUGCUGGGUCCCUUUCACCCCAUCACUCACCUGUUCCUUCUCCUGGUCACUCCCCCAGGGGAAGUGUAACAGAAGAUACCUGGCUUAAUGCUUCUGUCCAGGGGGGAUCAGGCCUUGGCCCUGCACUUUUUCCAUUUCAGUACUGUGUAGAGACUGAUAUCCCUCUGAAAACAAGGAAGACUUCUGAAGAUCAAGCCACUGUACUACCAGGAAAAUUAGAGCUCUGUUCAGAUGACCAAGGGAAUUUAUCACCAUCCCGGGAGACUUCGAUAGAUGAUGGCCUUGGAUCUCAGUAUCCUUUAAAGAAAGAUUCAUCUGGUGACCAGUUUCUUUCAGUUCCUUCACCUUUUACCUGGAGCAAACCAAAGCCUGGCCACACCCCAAUAUUUCGCACAUCUUCAUUACCUCCACUAGACUGGCCUUUACCAACUCAUUUUGGACAGUGUGAACUGAAAAUAGAAGUGCAACCUAAAACUCAUCAUCGAGCCCAUUAUGAAACUGAAGGUAGUCGAGGAGCAGUAAAAGCAUCUACUGGGGGACAUCCUGUUGUAAAGCUCCUGGGCUAUAGUGAAAAGCCGAUAAAUCUACAGAUGUUUAUUGGAACGGCAGAUGAUCGAUAUUUACGACCUCAUGCAUUUUACCAGGUGCAUCGAAUCACUGGGAAGACUGUUGCUACUGCAAGUCAAGAGAUAAUAAUUGCCAGCACAAAGGUUCUGGAAAUUCCCCUUCUUCCUGAAAACAAUAUGUCAGCCAGUAUUGACUGUGCAGGUAUUUUGAAACUCCGCAAUUCAGAUAUAGAACUUCGAAAAGGAGAAACUGAUAUUGGCAGAAAGAAUACUAGAGUACGACUUGUGUUCCGUGUGCACAUCCCACAGCCCAAUGGAAAAGUCCUUUCUCUGCAGACAGCUUCCAUACCUGUUGAGUGCUCUCAGCGGUCUGCUCAAGAACUUCCUCAUAUUGAGAAGUACAGUAUCAACAGUUGUUCUGUAAAUGGAGGUCAUGAAAUGGUUGUGACUGGAUCUAAUUUUCUUCCGGAAUCCAAAAUCAUUUUUCUUGAAAAAGGACAAGAUGGACGACCUCAGUGGGAGGUAGAAGGGAAAAUAAUCAGGGAAAAAUGUCAAGGGGCUCACAUUGUCCUUGAAGUUCCUCCAUAUCAUAACCCAGCAGUUACAGCUGCGGUGCAGGUGCACUUUUAUCUUUGCAAUGGCAAGAGGAAAAAAAGCCAGUCUCAACGUUUUACUUACACACCAGUUUUGAUGAAGCAAGAACACAAAGAAGAGGUUGACUUGUCUACAGUUCCAGCAUUGUCUGUGCCUCAUUCUGCCCAGACCCAGAGGCCUUCCUCAGACACAGGACACCCACAUGACAGUGUACUGUCAACACAGAGAAGCUUGGUUUGUCCCAUCCAGCAAACAUAUGCAUCCAUGGUAACUUCAUCUCACCUGCCACAGUUGCAGUGUAGGGAUGAAAGUGCUGGUAAAGAACAGCAUAUGAUAUCUUCUUCAGUCAUGCACCAGCCUUUUCAAGUCACAUCAACACCUCCUGUGGGGUCUUCCUAUCAGCCUAUGCAAACUAAUAUUGUGUACAACGGACCAACUUGUCUUCCAGUCAAUGCUGCCUCCAGUCAAGAUUUUGAUCCGGUUUUGUUUCCACAGGAUGCAGCUCUUCCUAGUUUAAUAAAUCUUGGCUGUCAACCACCGUCAUCCAUACCUUUUCAUUCUUCAAAUUCAAGCCCAACAGGACAUCUCUUAGCCCACACAUCUCAUUCGGUGCAGACCCUGCCUCACCUGCAGUCAAUGGGAUUCCAUUGUGCAAACACAGGACAAAGAUCUCUUUCUUCUCCAGGGGCUGACCAGGUCACAGGCCAGCCUUCCCCUCAGUUACAGCCCAUUACAUAUGGUCCUUCACAUUCAGGGUCUGCUACAACCACUUCCCCAGCAGUCUCUCAUACCCUGGCUAGUUCACCACUUUCUGGGCCACCAUCUCCUCAGCUACAGUCUAUGCCUUACCAAUCUCCUAGCUCAGGAACUGCCUCAUCACUGUCUCUAGCCACCAGAAUGCAUUCUGGACAGCACACAACUCAAGCACAAAAUACAGGCCAGGGAGGUCUUUCUGCACCUUCAUCCUUAAUAUGUCACAAUUUGUGUGAUCCAGCUUCAUUUCCACCGGAUGAGGCAACUGUGAACAUUAAGCCUGAACCUGAAGAGCAGGAACCUAACUUUUCAACAAUUGGUCUGCAAGACAUCACUUUAGAUGAUGACCAGUUUAUGUCUGACUUGGAACACCAGCCAUCAGGUUCAGCAGAGAAAUGGCCUAAUCACAGUGAGCUCUCAUGUCCAGCUCCUUUCUGGAGAAUCUAGAGGUGAACGAGAUAAUUGGGAGAGACAUGUCCCAGAUUUCUGUUUCCCAAGGAACAGGGGCGAGCAGGCAGGCUCCCCUCCCGGGUCCCGAUUCCCUGGAUAUAGGAAGAUCUGAUGGGCUCUGACAGUGCUCACUGCAGCCAUGUGUCCACCACCAUGUACUUCUCAGCAUGUUUCUCUCCUUGGACGUUGGGUUUCCAACUCUGUGGCCUUCAGGACUGGCACCAGGAGUUGGGAUCACUAUAUGUGGGGAAAGCAUUCCUGCACCUCAGGCCUUGGGUAGAUUUUGUAAAAGAACAGGAGCAGCAUAGACUGAGCUUUGGGGAAAUGAGCUUUGCUUUUUAUAUUUAAAUAGGAUACUUUUAUAUGAUGGGUGCUUUGAGUGUGAAUGCAGCAGGCUCUCCAUUUCAGAGGUGCUGCUUUUGCAAGUGACCUGGUUGCUUAGCUAUGAUUGGUGAUUUGUACUCCUUUAUGGUCAUUUGAAGGACUCUUUAGCUUUGAUGAUAUUUUUAAAGUAGGAACUUUUGAUAAAACCUUCCAGAGGCAAACAUGAAAGAAAAAAAAAAAAAAGUUAAGUCCACACCUAUGCCUCAGAAACUUAGCUUGUCCUAAAGCCUUUCAUAGAUUUAUAGGAAAUAAAGCCAAAUGUAGCUCAUACCUCUUUAUAAAAGUAAACUGUUAAAGUACGAAGAGACCAUUCCAAUCAUUAACGUGUUGGAAUAUAAAACAUUCCAGAGCAUAGCCUUUUUGUAACUUUCUAGGUAAUCUUCCUGCAGUCUCUCCAUACUGACUCCAUGUUGAAAUUGCUUUUUUCCCUCAGGGCCUUGGAUAAGAUAGCUCCAUGUAAGGUGACUUUGAAAGGUGGGUUUUUUAGCUUGGUAGCUUUAAUAUCCUGCCAUCCUGCAAACAAGUCAGCUGUGGAGUGCUUUUCCCUUUUGUGUCCUCUGGUCCCAGGCCUUUUCUAACUGGGAGUAUCUGCAUUUGGCUGUUCUGUAACCUUUGAAGUCACAGCCUCAUGAUGGUUUAGGCAAAUCUGCUGGUUCUAUCUCAUCUCUAGAGGCCAGGCUGUGUCAGAAGCUAAGCACAAAUGAGCUAUAUGCUUCAGAAGAGCAGAGAAAAUACAGGACUCCAGAAGGGAAGCUUUUAAGAUUCACAAGUGCAUGGAAGGUUUAUCCGUCAUUCUGUUUACAGCCUAAAAUGAUUCUGGCCUACCCUCGUACCAUCUGCAUGGCCUAAAAACCAUCCUUUUCCCCAAAAGGCUUUGAGGCAAACCCAAACAAGAGGUAGCAUCAUAGACCUGACCCUCCACACCAAAGAUGCCCCGGUGCUGCUGCUGGUGAGGCUGGUGCCCAGGGCAGGUGCCAGCAAGAAACUCCAGCCUGCUGUCUACCAAAGGAGGUGCCCCAGUUGGGUGCUUUUUCCAAACCCUGCCCUUCCACCUCCCUUUAAUGGGAUUAGUACCUAUUCCAAGGCUGGGCCCAUUUCAAAGCACCUGAAGUUUGCAGUGUGUUUCCAAUUGAAAUCAUGUAAUUUCAUUUAUUCAGGAAGGAAAUUUUUUGAGUGCCUAUAUGCGCGACAAUGUGCUGAGCUGGUCAAGGGCUGGAUGUUGUUACUCCAGGGGAUUAUGAGUCCUAGAUGCCAGGACUCUCUAUUGAGGCCAAGUAAGGCCCGGGCAGGGGGAGCUGGCUCAUUGCCUACCACCUCUAGUCAGCCAGGUAGGAGCUGUUGACCUCCUACAGCAUAAAGAAGUAUGGUCUUUUUUUCCCCCUUCAAACCAUGAUUUAUAUUUUUCCCCUAAACCUAGUUAGAGCAAGAUGUCUAUCCUUCAGCAAAUCACUCUGGUCCCUCCUGGAGCUGGGUGUUUUCCUGUUUUCUUUAAAAGUAAGUUUUGUGUCAGAGUGUGGAUAGUGAGAUUUGCUUCAGGGCCUGUAGUUGGCAGCCCACCGCUUCCUUUGGAGGGGGCUUCGAGAGGCGGCCCCUGACAGGAAGUUCCAGACAGCUGGCCGGACUUGCCUCCACCCUCUUGCCCCUGGGGUAGCUGCCUCAUAUGGGGUUCUUGCAAGAGUGCCCCUUGCAAGACCCUUUGGGGGUUGCUCUGCUGCCUUCAGGAAUAAAAGCCUCUAUGAUCCAGAGUUGCUAUGCACCAAAUUUUGAUGCCUUUUAAAUACCUUGAUGCCUGUAGCACUAGAAAUGCUUUCCUAUUUAAAAUAAAAGUUCAAUUUGAAAAGA